CAAUAGUUUUUGGUGUUUGAUGUCGUUAUUUGACAAAAUACAUUUCAUAAAAUUGCCUUAUUUUAAGAAAAUUCAUGGUUUAACGGAAAAUAUUAGAGAAGUCAAAUGGCUUUUAGCCGCAUGUUUCGCUUAAGCGAGCUGUGUUCUCCAAGAAAUGCUCUGUUCAAGAACUGCAAUUACGAAUUCUCACCACCUAAAAACAUACGUACCUUUAGAAGAGGCCGUAGCAAUAAUGAUCAACCAAAACCUAAUAUAAACAGUAUUGAAACACCAUUUCAAGAUGUUAGUCUUGGAACGUCCCAGUUAAAACCCAUCAAUCUUUUAAAGCCAUUAGGAUUUACAAUUGGGUUUAGUGCUGCUUGCUUUGUAGGCGCUACAAUUUGGGAAUAUGAAACAAUGAGGGCACAUGCAAAAAAGAUGUUAAAAAAACCAGUAAGGUUGUUUAAACGCCACGCAGAAGACUUACAUUCUAAAUCUAAUAUGUUUGUUAGGGAAAUUAAAGAAAAGUGGGAAAGUUUAACUCCUGGUGAAAAAGUUUUUGUGCCUAUUUGCGCCUUGAAUGUACUCGUCUUUGGAGCGUGGCGAAUACGUAGCCUUCAACCUUUUAUGUUACGCUAUUUUUGCUCAAACCCAGGAAGCAAAAGUGUUUGUUUGCCUAUGAUAUUGUCCACUUUCAGCCAUUAUUCUGGAUUCCAUCUCCUAGCUAAUAUGUAUGUGCUACAUAGUUUUAGCACAGGAGCUGUUCACAGUCUGGGUAAAGAACAAUUCUUAGGUCUUUACUUAGGUGCUGGUGUGAUAUCUAGUUUUACCAGUUAUGUUUAUAAAGUAGUUACUAAACAACCAGGGCUCUCUUUGGGAGCAUCUGGUGCUAUUAUGGCUAUUUUGGGAUAUGUUUGUACUCAAUAUCCUGACACCAGACUAGGCAUUAUUCUGGUACCUUUAUUUACAUUUAGCGCAGGAGCAGCAAUUAAAGUCAUUGUUGGUAUAGAUACAGCUGGAGUAUUAAUGGGAUGGAAAUUCUUUGAUCAUGCUGCACAUUUAGGAGGUGCAGCGUGUGGAAUUAUCUGGGCACUGUGGGGUAACCAGCAUAUAUGGGCUAAGAGAGAACCAAUAUUAGAGUAUUGGCAUGAAUUUAGAGGAUCAAUAAAAUGAAUAAUUAGAUGUGAAUAUUUUUAUCAAAAUGUAUAUAAGGAUUUAAUAAUUAUUUAUUAAAA